AACCCACGAAACCCACGAACCCACGAACCUACGAACCCAAGAACCCACGAACCCCACGAAAGUCAAGGCGACCGACGACGACGAAGAGGACGAACACCCACGGCGGCCCACGGCGAUCCACGACCAUGACGACGAAGCACUGAACCACUGAACCACGAAAAGGUAAGUUUUUUUCUGUUUAAAUUUUAGAAAUUUCAAUGCGAAUUUGUGUAUGUGCUUCAGAUUUUGUGUGUUUUAGAUUGUAUAUGCGAAUCUAGAUGUCAAUACUUGCAUGUUGUAUAUGUUGGAUAUGUUUCAAUGGUGUUUUGUGUAUUUUUACAUAGUUAUCGAUGAAAUGUCGAUAGGAUAUCGAUAGGAUGUCGAUAUGUAUAGGUAUCUUUUUAUGUGUUUGAACAUUGUUGUCGACAGGUUGUCGACAUAAUGUCGACAAUUUGUCGAUGGUUUACCUUUGUUUGAUGUUAUGUAGUUUUGCCCUAGAAUGUCGAUAAUUUGUCGACUAUAUGUCGAUAGUUUGUCGAUAAUAAGUUGCAGUUGAUUCUUUUGGUAGUUCACUGUUAGAAUGUCGACAAUUUGUCGACUGUAUGUCGAUAGUUUGUCGAUUAUAAAUUCCAGUUGUUUCUUUUGGUAGUUUACUGUUAGAAUGUCGACAAUUUGUCGACUAUAUGUCGAUAGUUUGUCGAUUAUAUGUUGCAGUUGAAUCUUUUGGUAGUUUACUGUUAGAAUGUCGACAAUUUGUCGUCUGUAUGUCGACAAGUUGUCGAUGGUGAUCGUUUGUCACUGCUUUUAUGAUAAUGUCGAUAGCAUGUCGAUUGUAUGUCGACGAUUUGUCGACCAGUGUUGAAUGUUUGACAAUGUCGACAGAAUGUCGACAUGAUGUCGAUGUUUUGUCGACAUUUCUUAACUUUUUUGACAUUUAAAUUUUUUUGGUCUUUGAUUUUUCAGAUGGCUCCCAGACUCAUUAUUCCAGCACCCGAGCAUUUUACUGGCCGCGUCACAUAUAGGGGCACUGGAAUUUUUGCAAAAAUCAAAGCUCGGUUUGAGGAGUUCAACCUUAAUAACACGGCGAAGGAAAGCCGUUUCGGGAGCUUCUGGAAUGCCGUACCCUUGACAUUCUCCUCGGUGUUAUUUCACCAGUUGAUGCUCCACAAAAUGAAAGUGGAUGCUUAGGAGGAGUUGAGGAUGCGGUUUUAUGUUGGUCGGAAGGAGGUCCGAUUCGGGGUGCUGGAGUUUGCACUCAUUACAGGCCUGGACUUCUCCUCGGGGCCAACAUAAGAGGAGAAGGCUGCGCAGGUCGCGCGCUCGGGGUCAGACCGAUUGAUCAACAGAUAUUUCAACCGGUCUGAUAGUGUGAAGACAGAAGCACUCCAACUUCAGUUCACAAACUGCCAGAACCCGGAAGACUUGUACAAGCUCGGCUUGUGCUUGUUUGUGGAGUCAGUGCUUCUGGGCCGCGAGGCAAACGCGCUGAUUACGCCUCACAUACUUAGAUAUGUUGAAGACCUCGAGUUCUUCUUCCGGAUUCCUUGGGGGAAGCACUCAUUCGCCAGACUCAUGCACUCGCUUCAGAAAGACAUGUUGAAAUAGAAGGCCAACUACGAGAAGAAGCUGAGUUCGGAUGUUCAGCACGAGUGCAAAUACACAGCAUAUGGCUUCGCACCUGCAGUACAAUAUUGGGCGUACGAGGCCAUUUUGGAGGUUGGGAAGAGGUAUGGCACGAACCACGGGAUUCGGUUCCCCAGGAUGCUUAGCUGGACGAGCAAAGGCGAUAUUGGGAAGAAAGACGUCAGCGCAUUAUUUUCUAGACGGGUAUGAUUUUCACUUAUGUUCAGAAUAAUUAUUUAACAUAAAUGCUUGUAAUAAAUGCUAAAUGGUUUUAUUUUGAUAUUUUUUGAACCAUAAACAGAAUCUUGAAGUGGUGAAGGGGCUACUUCCACGGACAGAGGAGGAGGCAUUUGUGAGGACCAUAUCUUACGAUGGUGUGGAGAACCUGGUUGAUGAUGUUGUGGAUGACACAGAGGCUGAGGCAGGUAGUUAGGUACCAGAGACUCAGGUCCCAGACACUCAAGAAACAGACACUCAGGUACCAAUUUUUGAAACUUUUUUUUUAUGUCUUUAUUUUUUAUUGUUUUUGUUUUGUGAUAUUUGUUACAUUGUGGAAUUAUCGUAUGCUUACCGUAUUUUUUUGAUAUAUAUUUUUUCAGGCCACUGGUUCAGAACCUCAGCCCAGUGCACCAUCUUCAUCAGGCGUUCGGGGUGCCGAGUACACUGAUUUAGUGGCUCGGUUGGAUAGGAUCGAGGCUGACACUCAGGGUCUGUAUGCUGCUCAUGUCGAGCUGAAGAAGGCAUACGAGACUAGCCAUGUAGAGCUGAAGGGUGGUCAAAACGUAAUUAUGGAGCAGCUCAGACACAUAUUGGCCAUGUUGAAUCGUCCGCCAACGACAGCUUCAGCACCGGAGGCCCCAGCAGAUCCAUCUACCCCACCACGAGCUGCUUCACCCCCAGUAGAAGAGGAUGAGGUCUUCCCCGACGAUUACGAUCCUUAUGAGGGAGCUCCAGCGACUCCGAUCGAGGCACAACCUCUUAUCCAUGUACAUGACACCGAGGCGCAGGGUGAGAUUCUGUGGAUAGAGGCACAACUUGCAGUGGUUAAGAGUCGGAAGAGGAAGAGAAAGCCUCCUGUAUGGUUCGGUGACUAUACGGAGAUGAAGAGGAGACAUAGGCCAUCUUCGACUUUUGAUCCCCUGGAGCCACCGGAUGAGAAAUUGUUAACCACUUUCCGAAAGUGGUGUGUUGGACUCAUUCCGAACCACCGACUUCGAGAUUUGAGAAGUGGUGAUUAUGGUCCAGGAUUCUUUUGGACAAUGCUCACACCAAAGGAAUGGCUUACAGAUGACCAUAUAGAUGCAGCAAUGCAUAUGCUGAGGAGGCGACGCACCGACUAUCCACUGACAUUUCCUCAUAAAGGUAUCAUUCUCUCCACAUUCGUGACCGCCAUGAUCAGCAGUGCAUGGACGAGCCACAAGGGUCCGAGAAAAAACUUUGUGUGGGAGGAUUAUAUCCUGGACUACUGCAGAGGGGUUCAUAAGUCCCAAGUCUUUGAGAGAUGGAGGGGUAACGAGUUUAUUUACUUCGUUCUGAACCUUCCCGAGGCAAGGCACUGGGUCACAGUUGAAGUCGACAUAGAGCUGUGGAAAAUUAAUGUCUACGACUGUGAUUCCAGCGUCUGUCAUUGGACCGCCUUGGAACCCAUCCUGAAGGUUUGGGCAGAACUGCUGCCCUCGCUAAUCCUUGCAACCGGGGAAUUUCCACAUAACAACCAGAUCAUGGCGUUAGCUAACUGUGACAUCACGGUGCUUCCAAAAAUGCACUCGACUCGAGCCACUCACGACUUAGUUCCGAAGUCAGCAACCAGUGGUGAUUGUGGCGUCUAUUGCAUUGAGUAUGUGGAGCAUCUCAUGAUGCAGUGUGGAUUGACUGAUGUGACGCCAGACCGGAUAGCUAUGUUUCGUCAACGGUGGUGUGUUGAUUUAUUUUACCAAAAUGUCGGCUGAUUAUAUGUGUAAUUAUUGCGACAUUGUAUAUUUUGUGUAAUUAACAUUACAAUAUAUAGAUUUUCUUUUCGUUCAAAUUUUGAUAAUUAUUCGUGGUUUCAAAUAUAAAAUAUCAAUAUUAUUCAACAAAAAUAACUAUUAAACCUAAAAAUAAUUAAAAUAUUUGAAAAAUAUUCAACCUCAACAAAAAUAACUAUGACAAAAUAUGCAUCAUUACAAUAUAUCAAAUUUCCCAACGAAUACGUACAAGACGCCUCAGAUGCGGGCUUUGCAUGUU